CUGGAAGGGCAACCUGGCCGAAGAAUUUUGCAAAGGUACUGUCCCUUGAGAGAAACUGUGCUGCGCCUGCGCAUCCAGUGUAACAAGAUGGCGGAGAGUGCGGAACUGAAGCAAAUGGUAAUGAGCCUUCGUGUUUCAGAGCUCCAAGUAUUGUUGGGCUAUGCAGGACGGAAUAAGCACGGGCGCAAACAUGAACUUUUGACCAAAGCUCUUCACCUACUCAAGGCUGGUUGCAGUCCUGCCGUGCAAAUGAAGAUCAAAGAGCUUUACAGACGGCGCUUCCCGACCAAAAUGGUUUCGCCUGUGGACUUAGCUCUCCCCGGUGUUCAUUCUGCGUCCAGCUUGCCGACUAGCCUCGCCCAACUGGGAUUUGACAGCCACGGAUCUCCGUCACCGCUGCUGCCUGUUUCUCUACUAGGACCUAAGCACGAGCUGGGUCUGCCUCAGCUCUCCUCCACCCUGCACCCUGUACACCCCGAUGUCAAGCUCCAGAGAUUGCCAUUCUACGAUGUGCUGGAUGAGCUCAUUAAGCCAACCAGCUUGGCUUCGGACAACAGUCAGCGGUUCCAGGAAGCCUGUUAUGCCUUUGCGUUAACACCACAGCAAGUUCAGCAGAUCAGCAGCUCCAUGGACAUAUCUGGGACCAAAUGUGACUUUGCUGUCCAAGUCCAAUUGAGAUUUUGCUUAUCAGAGACGAGCUGUCCACAGGAGGACCACUUCCCCCCCAAUCUGUGCGUGAAGGUGAACGGCAAGCCCUCUAAUCUCCCUGGAUAUCUUCCUCCCACUAAAAAUGGUGUUGAACCAAAAAGGCCCAGUCGACCCAUUAACAUCACUUCUCUGGUUCGACUGUCCACUACUGUUCCUAACACAAUUGUGGUGUCCUGGACCUCAGAAAUCGGGCGGAGUUUUUCCAUGGCGGUGUAUUUAGUAAGGCAGCAGUCAUCUGCAGUGUUGUUGCAAAGGCUACGGGCCAAAGGAAUCAGAAACCCUGACCACUCAAGAGCCUUGAUUAAGGAGAAGUUGACAGCUGAUCCAGAGAGCGAGAUUGCCACCACCAGUCUACGAGUGUCUCUCCUGUGCCCUCUGGGAAAGAUGAGGCUGACUAUCCCUUGCCGAUCUAUGACUUGCUCACACCUUCAGUGCUUCGAUGCUACCCUUUAUAUCCAAAUGAAUGAGAAGAAACCAACCUGGGUCUGUCCAGUCUGUGACAAAAAGGCUCCAUAUGAGCACCUUAUUAUCGAUGGAUUGUUCAUGGAAAUCUUGAAUAGCUGCUCUGACUGUGACGAUAUCCAGUUCAAGGAAGAUGGAAACUGGGCCCCCAUGAGGUCAAAGAAGGAGGUGCAGGAGGUAUCUGCCUCCUACAACGGUGUGGACAGCGAUUUAUCUAGAACGGAAAGCCACGAGCAGAAACAGGGAUCAUCUCAUGACAACAACAAGAAAGUCGAUGUUAUCGAUCUAACGCUGGAUAGCUCCUCAGAGGACGAACAAGACGAUGAGCCCCCUCCAAAAAGAGUCUGUCCAUCGCUGUCCCCUGUCUCUCCCCCUUCAAACAAGGGAGUACUGAACCUGCACAGCCAAGCAUCACCUGUGGCCAGGGCUCCCAGUAUGCCCCCUGUGGAGACCAGUUACAUCCCCCCACCACCACCUCUCAUCCAGGACUACCGCCACUACUAUCACGCAAGUGACUUGCCAGAUCUAAAUUUCUUCUCCUUCCUCCAAGGGGACAAUCAGCAUUACAACAUGGUGAUGGCGGCUGCCGCCGCUGCGUCAGCCUCUGCUCCAGAGGAUCACGACCUGCUCCUCAACCGCUUCCUCCCCUACAGCUCAUCUCAAAUGUUGCGGGAGCCGCCGGGCACCCCUGGGAGCAGCACGCUGGCUACCACCAACGGAGGCAGCAACAGUGGAAGCACCAGUAGUUUAGUGUCUUCCAGCAGUCUGCGGGAUCGUGAAAAAGACAGAGACAGCCACACUAUUUCAGGAUUGUCCCGCUCUUCGGUGGAAGCUGCAGCAGCAGCCGCAGCCAUUUAUGGCUCCAUAUCUGACGUUAUCUCUCUUGACUAGAUCGCACAGAACUGAAGGACAAGGGAGACCUCAAACAGGAGUUAUUUGUAAAUAAUGAAAAGUAAAUGAAAGAAUACAGUGCUAUGUACAGAGAGGAAAAUCUAUUUUCAAUUUGACUGAUAUGUAUAUAAACUUAGGACGCUUCUUGUCCGGUGAGUAACUUCAGUUGAUAUUUUUAUGUGAAUACUGAAGACUUUUUCACACCUCUUAAUGUGGUCCUUUGAUUAUAUUGUAGCUUUUGUACCUGGUUUUUACUAUUUUGUUUCAAUAUUUAAUGUCAAUGGCAUUAUUUCAGCAGACAUGCACAGGACCCAAUGAGGCUACAACUUCUGGAACAUGUUUAGAACAUAAAGAAAAUGGGCAUUGAUAACGAUGAACAAAGAGCAGGCCACAGCAGCAUGAGAAAAUGUGGUACACUUUCUUUAUUUUCUAAAUUGCGUCAGUGUUUUGACAACAGAACUGUCAGGCCAUCCUUGCCAUCACUGUAGAAUUAUGUUCUCUAAGACUUUCAUGCUGUGGUUGUUAUUUUAAGGUAUUAUUUAUAAUGUAAGUUAUGUUGGAUUUGUGCUAUAUUUCAAAAGAAGCAUUCCUUAUGCCUCUUGGAACUGUUGCCACUAGAAAUGCAAAAGCAAAUUGCGAGAUCCUUCUGUUGUCAUAACUACACUUUUCCUCCCUUGUUUCUUUUAGGUUAAUCAAAUAUGAAAAAUAUCUGUGUGCUUAAAAUACAUAUUAAUUGGGAGUAAGUCGGUCUUGUUAGAUCAGGCUUUUUUGACAUGUGAAUGAAGGGCACCUGUCCAGCGAGCACCCACAAUUGGACCUAUAUAAACAUAUAUAUAUAUAUAUAUAUCUAUAGAUGUAUAUAUUUACACUCUCUAAAUUUAGCAUUUUUCAUCAAUGUAAUGAAAAUUUUUUGUGUAUUACUCUUAAAAUGUGUGCAGGAAAGUAGAGAGAAGUGUCCAACUGACAAAUCUGUGCUCCACAUUUAAGACAAGGCCGGUUUGGUCUAUUUGAAGUUCAUUCUUAACUGAAAAUCUAGUACAAUUCACUGGUUUUAAGUGGAUUAAUUACUUUUCAAUCUGUUAUUUUGUUUUAGCACUUGUUUUUUUUUUAUAUAUGUGUGCAUAAAUAAGGUCUGUGUGGAGCAGUGAAAAGUUACAGUUUCAAUUAAGAAGUUUUCAGCUUUGUAUGUUUGCCAAUUAUCUAAAAGCUCACCUGUUUAAGAGCUGUGCUGUUCUGUGAGGACACAGGAUGCAUAGUCUUUUUGUGGUGUUAAAUGUAUUUGCAGAAGCCUUUAAUAUAACAGUGAUAGCUUAGUCUUUGAGUGAAUCACAACAUUAAUUUUGGCCCAGAGGUUGAGAUUGAAAUUGCUAUGAAUGCCUCCCCUCCCUUCUACCUUUCCCUCCCUCUCAUUUUCUUUGUUGAAAUUUUCAUUUGUGCUCGCAAUUAGAAUUAUUUAUUAUCAUAUAUAUUUUCAACAUUUGUUUGAUCCGUGAAUAUGCAUUGCUGUCAUUGUAUGUGAUAUUUCUUUUCUAAUUAUAUAAAUAAUGAUAUUUAAAGAUGUCACUGUUGCUUGACAUGCAUUGUAACAUUUUCAGUUUAAUUUACCUUUUCAGUCUCUUUCGCUAUUGGAUGAUGUCAAUAACUCAAUAGAA